GAGGCUGCCAGAGCGUGGAGCUGAGGAAGCGGGACGCGGCGGCGGCCGAGCGCAGCAGCCCACCGCGGCUCCGAUCCGCGCCCGGGCCGGCCCGCGCUCCCGCGCGCUCGGCCGGACUGCUCUAGCGCGCUCCGCCGUCCCCGGCGCCCAUCGCUCGCGGCCCGGGAGGGUUCCGGGCGGCCCGACCACAUCUAGGGCUUUCCUCCCCCGCCGCGCAGGGGCAUGUAGCGCACCCGGGACGCACACUCUCCCGCACGCUCACCGACACGCACGCACGCACGCACCCGCCGGCGGCUCCAGAGUUUCCAGCUUGAGAGGUCGGACAUGCUGAAGCCCGGAGAGCCCGGCGGCUCGGCCUUCCUCAAAGUGGACCCAGCCUAUCUGCAGCACUGGCAGCAACUCUUCCCGCACGGCGGCAGCGGCGGCCCGCUCAAGGGCGGCGGCGCCGCGGGUCCCCUGGGCGCGCCGCAGCCUCUCCAGCCGCCGCCGCCGCCGCCCUCGGAGCGCGCAGAGCCUCCGCCGGACAGCUUGCGCCCGCGGCCCGCCUCGCUCUCCUCCGCCUCCUCCACUCCGGCGUCCUCCUCCACCUCGGCCUCCUCUGCCUCCUCCUGCGCCGCCGCGGCCGCCGCCGCCGCGCUGGCGGGUCUCUCGGCCCUGCCCGUGGCGCAGCUGCCGGUGUUCGCGCCUCUGGCCGCCGCCGCCGUCGCCGCGGAGCCGCUGCCCCCUAAGGACCUGUGCCUCGGCGCCGCGUCGGGCCCGGGGCCUUCCAAGUGCGGCGGCAGCGGCGGGGACGUGCGGGGCGGCCCGCGCUUCCGCUGCAGCGCGGAGGAGCUGGACUAUUACCUGUACGGCCAGCAGCGCAUGGAGAUCAUUCCGCUCAACCAGCACACCAGCGACCCCAACAACCGUUGCGACAUGUGCGCGGACAACCGCAACGGUGAGUGUCCCAUGCACGGGCCACUGCACUCGCUGCGCCGGCUCGUGGGCACCAGCAGCACCGCGGCCGCCGCGCCCCCGCCCGAGCUGCCCGAGUGGCUUCGGGACCUGCCACGGGAGGUGUGCCUGUGCACCAGCACCGUGCCCGGCCUGGCCUACGGCAUCUGUGCGGCGCAGAGGAUCCAGCAGGGCACCUGGAUUGGGCCCUUCCAGGGCGUCCUCCUGCCCCCGGAGAAGGUGCAGGCCGGCGCCGUGAGGAACACGCAGCAUCUCUGGGAGAUAUAUGACCAAGAUGGGACACUACAGCACUUUAUUGAUGGUGGGGAACCUAGUAAGUCGAGCUGGAUGAGGUAUAUCCGAUGUGCAAGGCACUGCGGAGAGCAGAAUCUAACAGUAGUUCAGUACAGGUCGAAUAUAUUCUACCGAGCCUGUAUAGAUAUUCCCAGGGGUACCGAGCUUCUCGUGUGGUACAAUGACAGCUAUACGUCUUUCUUUGGGAUUCCCUUACAAUGCAUUGCCCAGGAUGAAAACUUAAAUGUCCCCUCGACGGUCAUGGAGGCCAUGUGCAGACAGGACGCCCUGCAACCCUUUAGUAAGAACAGCAAGCUGCCCCCCGUCGCCCCGCAGCGCUCCGUGGUCUUCCCGCAGACUCCGUGCACCAGGAACUUCUCUCUCCUGGACAAGUCUGGGCCCAUGGAAUCGGGAUUUAACCAGAUCAACGUGAAAAACCAGAGAGUGCUCGCGAGCCCGACUUCCACCAGUCAGCUGCACCCGGAGUUCAGUGACUGGCAUCUCUGGAAAUGCGGCCAGUGCUUUAAGACUUUCACGCAGCGGAUUCUCUUACAGAUGCACGUGUGCACGCAGAACCCCGACAGACCUUAUCAGUGUGGUCACUGCUCCCAGUCCUUCUCACAACCGUCCGAGCUGAGGAACCACGUGGUCACUCACUCCAGUGACCGGCCUUUCAAGUGUGGCUACUGUGGUCGGGCCUUUGCCGGGGCCACCACCCUCAACAACCACAUCCGAACCCACACUGGAGAAAAGCCCUUCAAGUGCGAGAGAUGUGAGAGGAGCUUCACGCAGGCCACACAGCUGAGCCGGCACCAGCGGAUGCCCAAUGAGUGCAAGCCAAUGACCGAGAGCCCAGAAUCAAUUGAAGUGGAUUAACUGAUUGACUGGUUGGAAUUAAACUGCAAGGAAAGUCAUGAUUAAAUGUCAUGGACACUUAAGCAAAACCAAAGAUUUCCUCUGAGCAACUUUCAAUCAGUCCCAGAAAACCAAAAGCAGUAAUAAAAUAAGUAAGAUGUUAAGAGAGAUUGAUCCUGGCGUGCAAGUCCGACCAGGGCAGAGAUUAUUUAUUUAUGACUAGGGGUGAGACUUGUUUCAGUGAACGACUAACCUGGGACGGCUCCCGUGUCCGGUCCCACCGUGUAUUUGCUUUGUUUCUAAAAAGCUUUUUUAAACUGUUAUUUAAUACCAAAGGGAGGAAUCCUGUGGGUUCUUCUGCCCACAACUUGUGACUGAGAAUGCACAGGGACUUCUUUCUCAUUGCACCUUUUUUUAGUAGCAUGAUUCAAGGGGACCCAUUGUACAGCUCCCCCCCCCCCUUCCUGCAGCUUGGGUUUGGGUGGUCUGACGCAGCCGCCCGGCGGGACCGGAAGCCAGAGCCUCCGCUAGGUCAAUGCCACCGUGGGCCCCGAGGGUGGUCCCUUGCUCUGUUUUCCUACGCACUUUUUAUGCCACUCCUUCCAUCCGGCAGCCUGGCCUUGAUGCAGAAGAGCCUGGAAGAGGCAGAAGACCGUUCGGUUUCAGAAUUCAAGGAGAAGAAGUGGAGACCUGACUCUGGCCUGUCAAGAUCUCAAAAACAUUGAAAAUGUACAGAGCUUCGUAAUACAGUAUAUUGUUCCGAAGCAGCUAGUUGAGAAGAUUUUGUUUUCAGUACCAUUUUAUCUUAAAAAAAAAAAAAAAAACAAAAAACAAAAAAUAAAGUUCUUCGGUAUGAAGCUGAAAU